CGGCCGCGGGGCUGGCGGGCUGGAGGGAGGGAAGAUGGCGGCAGCGGCGGCGGCUGGCGCGGCCUCGGGGCUGCCGGGGCCGGUGGCGCAAGGGCUGAAAGAGGCGCUGGUGGACACGCUCACCGGGAUCCUGUCCCCGGUGCAGGAGGUGCGGGCGGCGGCCGAGGAGCAGAUCAAGGUGCUCGAGGUGACCGAGGAAUUUGGUGUUCACCUAGCAGAGCUGACCGUCGAUCCCCAGGGGGCACUGGCAAUCCGUCAGCUGGCAUCAGUUAUUUUGAAACAGUAUGUGGAGACUCACUGGUGUGCCCAGUCUGAGAAGUUUAGGCCUCCUGAAACUACAGAAAGGGCAAAAAUUGUUAUCCGGGAGCUAUUGCCCAAUGGGUUGAGAGAGUCCAUAAGCAAGGUGCGCUCCAGUGUAGCUUACGCCGUGUCGGCCAUUGCCCACUGGGACUGGCCUGAAGCCUGGCCCCAGCUCUUCAACCUGCUGAUGGAGAUGUUGGUGAGCGGAGACUUGAACGCUGUCCACGGCGCCAUGCGAGUCCUCACAGAAUUUACUCGAGAAGUAACAGACACACAGAUGCCACUUGUUGCUCCUGUCAUUCUCCCAGAGAUGUAUAAGAUCUUCACCAUGGCCGAGGUAUACGGGAUUCGGACCCGUUCUCGGGCUGUGGAGAUUUUCACCACGUGUGCCCAUAUGAUUUGUAACAUGGAGGAACUGGAAAAGGGUGCAGCCAAAGUCCUGAUCUUCCCCGUGGUGCAGCAGUUCACAGAGGCCUUUGUGCAGGCCCUGCAGAUCCCCGACGGCCCCACCUCCGACAGCGGCUUUAAGAUGGAAGUCCUAAAGGCAGUGACAGCCCUUGUGAAAAACUUCCCAAAGCACAUGGUGUCUUCCAUGCAGCAGAUCCUGCCUAUUGUCUGGAACACCCUGACGGAGAGUGCAGCUUUUUAUGUGAGAACAGAAGUAAAUUACACAGAAGAAGUAGAAGAUCCAGUGGACUCUGAUGGUGAAGUCCUGGGCUUUGAGAAUCUUGUCUUUAGCAUUUUUGAAUUUGUCCACGCUCUACUAGAAAACAGCAAAUUCAAAAGCACUGUUAAGAAAGCCUUGCCCGAGUUGAUAUACUAUAUUAUCCUGUACAUGCAAAUCACUGAGGAACAGAUCAAGGUAUGGACAGCUAACCCCCAGCAGUUUGUAGAAGAUGAAGAUGAUGACACGUUCUCUUACACUGUUAGGAUUGCAGCCCAGGAUUUGUUGCUGGCUGUGGCCACAGAUUUCCAGAAUGAGAGUGCAGCUGCCUUGGCUGCCGCAGCCACACGACAUUUGCAAGAAGCAGAGCAAACCAAAAACAGCGGCACUGAGCACUGGUGGAAGAUUCAUGAGGCCUGCAUGCUUGCCCUUGGCUCGGUGAAGUCCAUUAUCACUGACAGUGUGAAAAACGGCAGGAUCCAUUUUGACAUGCAUGGCUUCCUGACCAGUGUCAUCCUUGCCGACCUCAAUCUCUCGGUGUCGCCUUUCCUCCUGGGCCGGGCUCUCUGGGCUGCCAGCCGCUUCACUGUCGCCAUGUCCCCAGAGUUGAUCCAGCAGUUCCUGCAGGCAACGGUCAGUGGUCUUCACGAGACGCAGCCCCCGUCUGUGAGAAUUUCUGCUGUGAGAGCCAUCUGGGGUUACUGUGACCAGCUCAAGGUGUCGGAGAGCACACACGUGCUGCAGCCCUUCCUCCCCAGCAUCCUGGACGGCCUGAUCCACCUCGCGGCCCAGUUCAGCUCCGAGGUCCUCAACCUGGUCAUGGAGACCCUGUGUAUCGUCUGCACCGUAGACCCGGAAUUCACUGCCAGCAUGGAGAGCAAAAUCUGCCCCUUCACCAUCGCCAUCUUCCUCAAGUACAGUAACGAUCCGGUCGUGGCUUCGCUGGCACAGGACAUCUUCAAGGAGCUGUCCCAGAUCGAAGCUUGUCAGGGCCCCAUGCAGAUGCGGCUGAUCCCCACUCUGGUCAGCAUCAUGCAGGCCCCUGCAGACAAGAUCCCCGCCGGCCUCUGUGCGACCGCCAUCGAUAUCCUGACCACUGUCGUGCGGAACACCAAGCCGCCCCUCUCCCAGCUCCUCAUCUGCCAGGCCUUCCCCGCCGUGGCGCAGUGCACCCUCCACACCGACGACAACGCCACCAUGCAGAACGGUGGUGAGUGCUUGCGAGCCUACGUGUCAGUGACACUGGAGCAGGUGGCCCAGUGGCACGACGAGCAAGGUCACAACGGGCUGUGGUACGUGAUGCAGGUGGUGAGCCAGCUCCUCGACCCCCGCACCUCCGAGUUCACCGCAGCCUUCGUGGGCCGCCUGGUCUCCACGCUCAUCUCCAAGGCGGGGCGGGAGCUGGGGGAGAACCUGGACCAGAUCCUGCGCGCCAUCCUCAGUAAGAUGCAGCAGGCCGAGACGCUGAGCGUGAUGCAGUCCCUCAUCAUGGUGUUCGCCCACCUGGUGCACACCCAGCUGGAGCCGCUCCUGGAGUUUCUGUGCAGCCUCCCGGGACCCACGGGCAAGCCCGCGCUCGAGUUCGUGAUGGCGGAGUGGACAAGCCGGCAGCACCUGUUCUAUGGGCAGUACGAAGGCAAAGUCAGCUCGGUGGCCCUGUGCAAACUGCUCCAGCACGGCAUCAACGCCGACGACAAGCGGCUGCAGGAUAUCCGCGUGCAGGGCGAGGAGAUCUGCAACAUGGAGGAGGGCGUCCGCACACGCUCCAAGUCGGCCAAAAACCCUGAGCGCUGGACGAACAUCCCUCUGCUGGUCAAGAUCCUGAAGCUGAUCAUCAACGAGCUGUCUAACGUGAUGGAGGCCAAUGCUGCGCGCCAGGCCACUCCCGCGGACUGGCACCAAGAUGACUCCAACGACAUGUGGGAGGACCAAGAAGAGGAAGAUGAAGAGGAGGAGGAUGGCUUGGCUGGUCAGCUCCUAUCCGAUAUUCUUGCCACAAGCAAAUACGAGGAGGACUACUACGAGGAUGACGAGGAAGACGACCCGGAUGCCCUGAAGGACCCGCUGUAUCAGAUCGACCUGCAGGCAUACCUCACGGACUUCCUCUGCCAGUUCGCUCAGCAGCCCUGCUACAUCAUGUUCUCCGGCCACCUAAAUGACAACGAGAGGCGGGUCCUGCAGACCAUCGGCCUCUGAGCCACAGAGCCUUUCCACGCGUGCUUCUCCGCCUGGCCCAGCCACCGGCCGUCUCGACACCCUACUGGCCUUGAGAUGUAAUGUCUCUUCCACCUCGGUGGCCUCCUGACUCACGGCCACUGGCCUUUGCAGAGUGACGUUGGUAACAAUUCAGAUCACGUUCGCCAGUGCUGUCGUAUAGGAAUGCUGGAACAAAGACGUUUCUCGCCCCCUACCCCACUCCGGCCCCCGAAGAUAGCCCCGUCUCUAGAACCUUCUUAUCCCAGCAGUGCCCCCUGAGUCCUCUUCUGGCCCCGUCCAGAAGCAGUAUUGCCCAGAAGGAUUAUGUGUUCAUGGAUUAUUCUGCCCCACCUCUGGGGACAUUUCUAUUCUUCAAGCAGACCUGUCUACUUCCUGGGACGCUCUCUGCACUCUCACCCCUGUGAGAAAGAUGGGGGCCCCGCCUUCCACACAGACGCUCCGGGGUCUCCAUGGGCAUGAGGGGGAGCAGCUGGAGACCAAGCCCUCUCCUGUGACUGCUCCUUAGCGCCCCCGACGAGGCCCCCGGCAGAGGAAGUCGUCUUGCUGCCCACUGCAUGACAGCCCGUCCGCCCCGUGUGCCCUCCACACAGACACACGCAAGCCAGGCAGAUCUCGGUUUGUUUUUACCUUAAGAGGAAAAGUGGGAAAACUUUUUUUUUUUUUAAGUCCGCCUGAUCCAACCAUAUUUAAUACACCUCUCUCCCACAUGUUACUGGUCUGCUAUGAAGGUCCCUCCCCCACCACCACCCCUCAGGAAUCCCUAAAGUGGUUAAGUUGUAGCCCUGAAAUUUGCAAUGUUGUAUUUUUCUAGGAGAGUAAAGUAAUCUUUACCAAUGAA